GCGGUAGUGCUGUAGCUCCGUUUCCCUGCCAGCGCUGCGUGGAGCAUCGCGUGAAGCGUCCUGUGUCUGCGAGAUCUUGCUGUGGGCCAGGUAUCCAUUCUGCUGCGACAGCUGUAGAACCUACGGAGACUAGAGGUCCGUGGGUGGUGGAGGAUCAUAGCAAAAAAAGGAAAGGCGAGUGCUCCUGUGUCCCCUCCAGACCACACCCAGGAAAAUUACAGGUAGGAGUAACUGACAGUUUGGAGCCAACGCCCUGCACUACUUCCGCAGUUGUACAGCAGCCUUCUCAUGACACCACCUGAAGGGUUCAGACUUUGGUCUGCUGUAAGAAAGACGCUAACUCUUAUUUGCAGAACAUCCACCAUUAUUAGAACCAUCACCCUGCAGCUAGCUUGGACAUCAUUAAAAGGGCUCAUCAGAAGUAUCUGAUAUUCAUGAAGACAGAGUUUCAGGGUUUCUGCCUGGAGCUACAUUCUCCAGAAGCCCCUGCGUGGCUCCCCCGCACCCAGCCCCAUAUCAACCAGUUACGACUUGGGCUGUGCAUGGUGUUUCUUGGAAACUGGAACACAGACUCCUCCCCAGGCCUCCUCUCCAGGCCCUUUUUCCUCAAUGAGCGGAAGACCACAGAAGCUGGCUACUGAAGAGGCUGUCCAGAUGGCAGAGCACCUCACUGGCCUUGCUUAGCACCUUUACCACAGAGCAGUCUCUGAGUGCUGAAUUAUCCUCAUUUGUGCUCACCAUCUGCAGAGACUGAGAGAUUUGGCAGGCCCCACUUCACUAAGGGCCACCCUCUAGGGACCCCUCCAGACAAGGCUCCACUAGAAAGAGGUGGUCUUUCACAGGGUUUUCACUGCCUUGAGUCCUACCUGGACACCUCUAGGGCCGCAGAGAUCAGUAGCUCUUCACCUAUCUGUAAUCCACACCCUAACUGGAAAACUCUAGGUACUAGUUUUGAGUUGGCUUUUUUUUCUUUAUCCUUUUGGUGAGAAGAGUUUUAAAUUCUGCUUCAGUCCCUUCAGUAGUUGUAGUACCAUUGAGAACUUGUUUUUCCUCUUGAGUAAAUUGUGGGGAUAAUUCCUUAGGAAUUGGUCCAUUUUGUCUGUGUUUUCAAAUCCACUGGCAUAAAGUUCCAUUUUGAAAUUGUCUUCUAUAUAUUAUCUGUAGCUAUGUCUCCUUUUUCAUUGCUAAUACUGGUUAUUUGUGCCUUCUCCCUUUUUUUCUUGAUCAAUCUUACCAGAGGUUUGUCUAUUUUAUUGGUCUUUACAAAGAACCAACUUUUGGCUUUGUUGCUACUGUCUAUUGUAUCUUUGUUCUCUAUUUCUUUAAUUUCUGCUCUUAUCUUUUUUGACCUCCUUCCCUCCACAUUUUUCGGAUUUAUUCUAUUGUUCUUUUUCUGAUUUCUUACAUUGAAUAUUGAGUUCAUUCAUUUUCAGUCAUUUGUUUUCUUUUUCUGUUUGCUUGGUUUUGACGUCUGCUUUUCUCCUUUAUGUAGACCAGGCUAACCUCAAAUUCAUGAUGAUCUUCUCCCUUAGGCUCCCCAGUACAGAGAUUUGCAAGCAUGAGGCACUGAGUCUAGCUGUCAGGCCUUCUUUAUUGUUUUCUAAUUUAUAUAUUUAAAAGCUAUAAAUUUCCUGCUAAAACUGCUUUCCUACAUGAUCAUAUAUGGUAGUAAUUUCACUGUUGUUGAGUUCCAAGUACUUUAGUAUAUCUGUUAUCAUUACUUCUCAUGAAUUACACAGAAGUAUGUUUUUAAGUUCCCAAAUGUUUGGGGGAUUUUGAAUUUGUUCUUUUAUCAAAAUCUAUCAUAUUAUGUUCAGAUGAUAUGGUCUAUGUGAUAACUGAAAUAUAUUGAGAUUGUUCUAUUGCUCAGUACAUGAUAUAUAAUUAUUAACGUUUCCUAUGUGCUCUAUAAGAAUGUGUAUCCUUUAAUCAUUAAAUAUAGAGAUCUAUAUAUGUCUAUUAGCAACUAUUGUACUAAAAUUAUAUUUAUCUAAACUGAUAGUUUUUGUUAUGAUCUUCCAAGAAUUUUUAAAGUUAACUCUGACACUAGAGUUAUGUGUUUUCUUCUUAUAGUUUCCUUUUUAACAUAAAUUAAGAAUUGUUAUAUUUCUGGUAAAUGUGUAAUCCCUCUCUAUUUCUGAUAAUAGAGGAAUUAUGCUAGAUUAUCUUGUAUUAAUGUAACAGCACAAGUUUUUCUUCUUGUUAGGGUUUGUGUGGCAUAUAAUUUUCUAUCUUUUUACUUUUAAGAAUUUUUUACACCUUAGUGUUUUAAUUGUAUUUUUUUGAAAACAGCAUGUGGCUGGACAUUUUUUAAAAAUCUAAUCUUAGUCUUGGCAUGGUGGUGUAUGCCUUUAAUCCCAGCACUUGGGAGGCCAAGGCAGGUGGAUCUCUGAUUUGAGGCCAGCCUGGUCUACAAAGUGAGCUCCAGGACAACCAGAGAUACACAGAGAAACCCUGUCUUAAAAAAAAAAAAAAAAAACAACUUACCCAAUGACCUCUGCCUUUUAAAAUUUGCAAGUUUAGUUUACAUUUGUUGCAGGGUAUGUGGGAUGGUUUCUACCAUCACUUUCUUAUUUUGGUUUUCCACAUUUUUUUCUAUGUUUUAUUUUCUCUUUUCUUUUACCUGUUUUUAGUUUUAAGUUUUUCUUCCUGUUAGGAUUUAUUUUUCUAUUCUUUGGUUAUCCUUGAAAGCCUACCACGUAUGUUUAACUUCCAAAGCUUGAACAAUAUUUUCAUUGUAUCUUGAAUUCUGCAGGAAGGUUAGAAACUCGAUUUUAGUAUUCCUCUCCUAACCACUUGAUUUUGUUUUCAAGUAUGUAAAUUUAUUCCUUUGUUUUUGUUUGUUUUAUAAUCACGCAGUUAUAUAUUAUCAGUAUUGUUUUUAUAUGAACAGUCAGUAUUUGUUCGGAUUUAUAUACAUACAUUCUUGCUUUUCAGACCCCCUUAUGACAUCAUUUUCUCUCAUUAUGAAUAGUGUUUAUUUAUUCUUUUAGUUCGGAUUUCCUGAUAUUUAGCUCUCUGAGUCUUUGUUGUGUGUUAAAGGCUUUAUCUUCUUCCUUAGAAGAGUAUGCUCAACCUUUAAAAUACGUGUAUAUGCCUUGUUGCCUUUAAAAAAAUACAUCAUCAGUCUAAUUGUAGUUUGGUUUCAUUUGUUUUUUGAGUGGGGUGUGCAGGGAGUACUGUGAUUUCAUUCUAACAUGUUUAGACUUGUUUCUGUUUUAUUUAUUCUACUUUUGAAAUAUGUUUCAUGGCUUGGUAAGUACAUGUUUUUUAUAUAAUUUCUGGAAAUUUCUCAACUAUUAGAUUCUUUCUAGUUUUUUUUUUUUUUUCUCAAAAUCCAGUUACUCAUAUUUUGUACCACUUAAUUCUGUUUUUUUUUUAUAACUCAUAACAACUCUUUGAUAUUUUCUAUCUCUUUCUACUUCAUUUGGAGAAAUGUCCUUGAUUAUAUGUUUUAGUUUAUUCUCUGUUCAAUUAUGUUUAAUCUGCCUUCUAUUUUUUCCACUGAGUUUUUUAUGUGUUUUCCUUUGUAAAAGGUUCAUUUAUAUUCUAAUCCGUCUAGCUAUCCCUAAUUAAGUCUUUUGUUGCUUGCUCAUCUUGGUGAUUACAUCUAUAAGUCCUUUAAGUAUAAUUUUUGUUAAAUCAGUACUCUCUUUUUUGUGUAUGACACUGUAAAUAUUGUGCACAUCUAAACCACACAGCACACUGAUUAUACCUUUAUUGUGUACAUUUUUCCCUAAAAUCCAGUGUUCUAGGAAUUUGUUUUCUUUUCCUCAUGCUGUAGCACCUGUGACUAAUCUUAGUAAUUCUACAAGAAUUAAAAAUUCUUAAAAAUUAUUUGUGAGACCCAAAUCAGAUCGUGCCCCUAUUCUGCUCAAAAUUCCCCCAAUGACCUCCAGUUUCAUCAGUGCAAAAGCCAGCAUCAUCUCCAUGCCCAGAUGUUCCUACAGUCUAGUUCCCUUCACCUCCCUGAUCUCAUUGCUGUCAUUCUCACUCUUCUGUAGCUAUGCUGGCCUUUUUCCUAUUCCUCAUGCAUGCUAAGGACCUUCCACCAUCAAGGCCUUUGUAGUUGCUGUUUUCACCAAGUGGAAUAGCUUUCUUCCCAAAUAAUUUGACGACUUGACCUAGUGUUUCCAUUAUUGACCCUAUUCCUCUCCAUGUUGUGUCUUAUCCUAUUCUAUGUUCUGUCUUCUACAAAGCACUAAUCACUACUUGAUAUCUACUUAUUUAUUGUGGUUAGUGUUUGCCUCCACCAAAUAGACUGUAAGCUCCUCAAAGCAGAAAUUUCUUUGUUGUUUACUGCUGUAACCCCAGUGUCAAGAACAGUGUGUAAUAAUAUUCAGUGAACAUUCAAUAAAAUAUUUGUGGA